GCGAGGCGCUGAGGGGAGAGGCGCCACCGCCAGCGCCGCCGCGGGGACCCGUUAGAGCGGAAGCGCUGCCGCCGCCGCCUUCGCGGUCCCGGGACCCCUGGUUCCUGGCAGGUGGGAGGCGGGAGCCAUGUCGAAGCGGCUCCGGAGCAGCGAGGUGUGCGCGGACUGCAGCGGGCCGGAUCCUUCCUGGGCAUCAGUAAAUAGGGGAACUUUUAUAUGUGACGAGUGCUGCAGUGUCCAUCGGAGUCUAGGGCGCCACAUCUCUCAAGUGAGGCAUCUUAAACACACACCAUGGCCUCCAACAUUGCUUCAGAUGGUUGAAACCUUGUAUAAUAAUGGUGCUAAUUCUAUAUGGGAACAUUCUUUGCUGGACCCUGCGUCUAUUAUGAGUGGAAGACGUAAAGCUAAUCCACAGGAUAAAGUACAUCCUAAUAAAGCAGAAUUCAUCAGAGCCAAGUAUCAGAUGUUAGCGUUUGUCCAUCGCUUGCCCUGCCGGGAUGACGAUAGUGUGACUGCCAAAGAUCUUAGUAAGCAACUCCAUUCAAGCGUGAGAACAGGGAACCUUGAAACCUGUUUAAGGCUGUUAUCUUUAGGAGCACAAGCCAACUUCUUUCACCCUGAAAAAGGAAACACCCCACUCCAUGUUGCAUCCAAAGCAGGGCAGAUUUUACAGGCAGAGUUAUUGGCAGUGUAUGGAGCAGACCCAGGCACACAAGAUUCUAGUGGGAAAACUCCUGUUGAUUAUGCAAGGCAAGGAGGCCAUCAUGAGCUGGCAGAACGCCUUGUAGAAAUACAGUAUGAGCUGACUGACAGACUGGCCUUCUAUCUCUGUGGCAGGAAACCAGAUCACAAAAACGGACAGCACUUUAUAAUACCUCAAAUGGCAGACAGCAGCCUGGAUUUGUCUGAAUUGGCAAAAGCUGCUAAGAAGAAACUUCAAUCUCUAAGUAAUCAUUUGUUUGAAGAACUUGCCAUGGAUGUGUACGAUGAAGUUGACAGGCGAGAGACUGAUGCAGUCUGGCUUGCCACGCAAAACCACAGCACCCUGGUAACCGAGACAACCGUCGUCCCCUUCCUUCCGGUCAAUCCUGAGUACUCAUCAACACGGAACCAGGGCAGACAGAAAUUAGCUCGGUUUAACGCCCAUGAGUUUGCCACGCUGGUUAUCGACAUUCUCAGUGAUGCCAAGAGGAGACAGCAAGGCAGUCCUCUUUCUAGUUCAAAAGACAAUGUGGAGCUCAUACUGAAAACAGUCAGUAACCAGCACAGUGUUGAAAGUCAAGACAACGACCAGCCGGACUACGACAGUGUGGCAUCAGACGAAGACACAGAUCUGGAAGCCACUGCAAGCAAGGCAAACAGGCAGAAGAGCCUAGAUUCAGAUUUAUCAGAUGGACCAGUCACUGUGCAGGAAUUUAUGGAGGUCAAAAACGCUCUAGUGGCUUCUGAGGCCAAGAUACAACAGCUAAUGAAGGUGAAUAACAACUUGAGUGACGAGCUGAGAAUUAUGCAGAAAAAGCUUCAAACACUCCAGAGUGAAAAUUCGAACCUCAGGAAACAGGCCACAACCAAUAUAUAUCAGGUGCAAACUGGUUCUGAGUACACAGACACUUCCAACCACUCUUCCUUAAAGCGACGUCCGUCUGCCCGGGGCAGUAGGCCCAUGUCCAUGUACGAGACGGGAUCAGGUCAGAAACCAUAUCUCCCAAUGGGAGAAGUGAACCACCCCGAAGAGAGCAGGACAAGACUCCAGCCUUUCCCUGCGCACAUCGGGAGGAGUGCGCUUGUGACCUCCUCUUCGUCUCUGCCCUCCUUCCCCUCCACACUUUCCUGGUCGAGGGACGAAAGCACCCGAAGGACAUCCAGGCUGGAGAAGCAGAACAGCACACCUGAGAGUGACUAUGACAACACUCCCAACGACACGGACCCAGAUGACAUGGGGUCAAGCAGAAAGGGAAGGCAGAGGAGUAUGGUGUGGCAAGGUGAUGGCUCAGUACCAGAUACAGCAGAAGCCCACACGGCCCCAAGCCCCGUUCUCCCCAGCACCGAAGACGUCAUCCGGAAGACUGAACAGAUCACCAAAAACAUACAGGAGCUCUUAAGAGCAGCCCAAGAAAAUAAACAUGACAGUUAUAUUCCCUGCUCAGAGAGGAUACAUGUAGCUGUUACAGAAAUGGCAGCAUUAUUCCCCAAAAAACCCAAGUCCGACAUGGUGAGGACUUCCCUACGCUUACUGACAUCCAGUGCCUACCGACUCCAGUCAGAAUGCAAGAAGACCCUCCCGGGGGACUCCAGCCCACCCACGGACAUCCAGCUGGUCACGCAGCAGGUCAUCCAGUGUGCAUACGACAUCGCCAAGGCCGCCAAACAGCUGGUCACCAUCACCACCAAAGAGAACAACAACUGAGCGGCGAAGUGGAGUGCUGGCCCUGCUCUUUUCUAGGCUUUUUAAAGUCCAGUUCAAAUUUAGACCUGGAACUCUUCUGAUUUUUACAGAAACAAACAUUUAAUGAAAGUUUAAAACUUUUUUUUAAAAAACUCAGUAUUAUUUUUGCAUGUUUUCUAACAAAUUUUCACUAUUAAUUUAACCCACUUGCCUUAUUUUCUGCCUGUUCGCCAGUUUAUUUUCUGAUGUUGUGUUGUGCUGUCAGUGACUGUUGAGUUAAUGAUCAUAGACAUCCAAAAGCAUAGCUUCAUUGUUUCAAGUUUGUUAGAACUUUUCUAUCCCUUAAAACUCCCUGCCUAUGGUUAAAACUAUAAAUGAGAUUUUUAGUGGAACGUUUUCUUGAGAGAGUUAAGUUAAAAAAAAAUCACCAUUAUCUGUUCCCUACCAAGCAUUGUGCAAUAAGCGAAUUUUCCAACCUACUGCAAGAAUCUCUAAGUUUGGGGCAUCUCCAAGCAUGUAUGUAGAGAAAGGACUUUACCACUUUCUAAAAAUAGUGUGACAGUCUCUCUUGGGAGGAAACAAUGAAUUGCUCCAUUUCUUUUGACUGUUCUAUCAUGUUAGAUUUUCUUUUAUUUAAUUUUUCUAUCUUGGUCUUCUGUCUGUUUUGCUACCAUCCUGAAGUCUCCACGGCAUCAGAUAAGCACUCGUCCUCCACGUGUUUGUCAUUCAGCCAUGUCCAGGUAGGAGCACCACUGCGUUAUCACGCAUAGUCCACACUCUGCCCUAAACCCAGGAAAGCAGACGUUUCAUUCCAAAUGUGCGGCAAAGAGGAGCAGGAGUCCCACAGGCCAUAACUCAUUUUGUACCACCCCAUUCAGGAGUCACUGCCAUAAAUUGUGGGAAGAGAAAUUAUCUUGCCCCUGACAUUGUAUUGUACCUCUCAUCCAAAACUGGGUUACUCCUUUGACCACUGAAAGCUUUCUUACACGCCCUGCUUCUCGUAUCUCGUCACCUGUGAGGACUUCUUAGAAGGUAAGAGUUAUACAGUCAUCUGAGUUCAUUUCUUCUCUGUUACCUCGCUGGUACUUCAAAAUCAGACAACAGCUUUCAAGAAUUCCUUAGAGAGUGUGCUGUAGCAGACUACUGGCUAUCCCAAAGCUAUGAAGGAGUGCAGGUUGAAGUUCUGAAACAGACUGAGCUUGGUCUUUAAGUUACUAAAAAGACCUGUCUUGUGAUUGCUCAAGCAUAUUCCUGUCCCUGCUUAUUGCAGCAGUUCUGUGUGGCUGUGGCUCAGACCCUGACCAGAGGGGCCGGACAGCAGUGAUGUAGAUGAAUGAAAGGGGCCAGGUGUAGAGCAGGGGGCGGGGACAGCAGGGGAGCCCAUGGACACCCAAUAGGGACAGCAGCUGCCCAGCUCCACUCACCUGCUAUGUGGAAAAGGGCUUGGAGUGCCAGAGCUUUGAUUUUUCAAGAGACACUAGAAAUUUGGAUAUUUUUUGUGCCAUCUCUUUGUUUAUAAGUGUUGACGACUGAUCUAAACAUUUUCCCAGUACACAUGUGGGUUACCUGUGUCUCUAGGCUGCCUGCUCACAGCCUCUGCCCUGGGACCCUGUAAACUGCCGUGUGAGGGCCGGCCUUCCUGAUCAUGCCUGGUUUAGCCUCUGAGCCUUACUUGCAACAUGGCUGCCCUACCCUGUGUCAAAUUACUGUUAGUCCUCAUUUUGCCCAUAUAUUCUGUCCCAUAGUGCUCAUUCACACAUGUGAGGAAGUCAAAAUAAUCAAAGUUGCCUACAUACGUGCUAAAUAAGCCUGUAUCUUUACAGAACUGUUUGAUUCACAAACACCUUUAUAGCUUGACCGUAUGCUGUCAUGAAAGGAGCACCACGAUGGUGUUUGAUUUACUGAGUCACAGUGUGUGGACACUUCUUGUGUUUUGCUACACUGAGUAGCAUGGGGAAAGGGUCCACUUCUCCAGAAGACUCGUCCACUUGCUUGUCUGCACAACCCUAAGUGCCAUGCUCCUGCCGGGUGCUGAGGGGCUGCCUUCUCCGAGGAUGUCUCUACCUUAAGUUCAAGCACCCUCUGAUAACCUUUCCUGCCGGCUGCACCUGCUUAGCUGUAAUUCUUUCUUGCAAGCACCCACCCUCCUGUUGGGCCCCUCUGGGUUCUUGGGAAAGGCCCAGCGGCAGUCCUGAGUUGGUGCCCUUGGCCUCCCCAGGAGGAUGGGCUACUGAAUAAUGAGUCGUCUGCGGUGGGUGAAGUGUCUUCACUUGAACGCUUGAGGACCUGCGAUGGAGGACGUUGCUUCUGUGCCCCUAGAGAAAGUCAAGGAAUGUGGGGACCAACAAAGCAUUUUCAGUUGUAAGGACACCACAGAAGUUUGCUCUGUUAACCCACAGUGCCAAAUGUCCAGAAAGAAGCUCCCAGGCGGAGUGACAUGCGGUGAUAGGAGGGUUGCAAGUCUUCCUUCUGCUGAAGUGCUCUGCGCGUUUCCUCAGCCUCAUCUGAGAUCCGUGUCGGAGGUUCUCUGGUCCUGUUGGCAAAUCGCACCUUGUCUGAACCGUUGUUCGCCGCCUUUUGCACAUGGGUUCCAUACCUUGCACUAAUGUCUGCGUUCUGUAAGGUCAUUUUUUUACCCUUUAUUCUCAGUCCCCCCCCCCCCCACCCCAAAGCUGAUAGGACGAGGUGCACUUUAUGAAACUGGCACUUGCUGAAGUGAAGGAGACAGCUCCACCCCUAAGCUCCUUUAACUGCACUCAUCUUCUGCCUCGGAAUGCAAAUAGUUCUUAUUUGCCAAAGAACAGUGAAUCGGGCCCAAAGAUCAAAUACAGCAUUUCAUAAAAUUGGAACUGUAAACGCACAACUCAGGAGCUGUUAUCCAAUUCCUCAAGUGAUUUAAGAGUGAGACUGGCAUGUUUGUCCCCCACCGCGGCCGUGAACUUCCCAAUCAUGUAACAUACGUUCUUUCCUUGUCCCGAUUGAAGGGCACCUUGGUUUUUACAAGAGAAAAUGCUGCAUAGGAAAAAUGAAAUGCCUUUUAUCCAGAUGUGUUUUAUCCAUGUCACCCAUUAUUCUUAUUUUCCAUUUUUAUUGUACAUUCUAUUUCUGUAAUUAUUGUACAACCCUUUAAGCGUUGUAAAAUGGUUUUGGAAUUUGUGCCUGCUCGUUAUGCAAUAAACAGGCUCCAUAAGUGUCU